AUGGACGGUGGCUUCCCUUGGACCAAACACGUGGAAUGGAACCGUUUUCGAAACUUAGGUGAAGGUGUUGGUGGGUUUAAAGGCUUUAGGUGUUGUGGGGGCGGUCAAAUGCGUGGUCUAUGUGGCACGGAGCUCAGUGUGUGUUGUGACUGUUGUUUAGCUGUUAACGAGAGCGUACAUAAUCGCCUUGCGGUUGGCUUGAAAAGGGCAACACCUGAGCCGUUGUGGCAGCCCACCCGUUUAACUUCACCGUACUGCAUUUUGUGUGCGAAUGGCCUUCGGGAUGAUUUCUACACUUCGUGUAUGUCCUGGGGUAGGGAAAGUGUUGCCCUCUCUUUGGGUGAAAAAGUCCUUUUGUUUAAAUCGUCUUCCCCACGUGAGAGUGCGGUUUCUCUGAAUUUGAGCGGGGAAGCCUGCGGUUAUUCAGAGUCAAUAUCAUCAGUAGCUGUUUCCCAGUUUUCGGAUUCUCAUUGCUUUCUUGGCGGCGUAAAUGGGGCUGUUGGGUUGUAUGAGUCACAUGGGGGUGGAGAAUUAUCACUAUCGAGCUCCUUUGAGAUGCCGCCCCCUCUCUUUGGGGGUGAUUUGGCUUCCGAGGCUGCUUUUAGUGGUGCAACCACCAGUAUACGCUGCCUAUCGACAACUAAUGUUCAUCCGUGGGUGGUAGCUGCCGGGACGGCGGCGCAUGGACUUUUUGUACUUGAUAGCCGUUUUACAACCCCUGCUGCACGGAUGUGUGGCUCCGACCUGUGGAACUCAGUUGAUUGUAGACAUUCUCAGAGACCACUGUAUCCUUCUGAGGCGAUUUCGCUGCUUUCGUCUUUGAAUGGCAUUUGCGGUGUGUCGUGGAACUCGUCUGGUUCCCUGGUUGCGACAGGGGAAAGUGGCGGCUUGGUGAACAUAUGGUCCCUUUCUAACACUCGUUCUCCUGUGCAGCGGAUUAGAUUGCCCAGCGCUCAUACGACGGUGAAGGCCGUUGCGUUUCACCCGACCAACCCAUACGAGCUAGUUCUUGGUGGGGCUGCAGAUGAUGGCUGUGUCCGCGUUUAUGAUGUCUCAUCUGCGACGCCGCAUUACAAGUGGGGCGUAUCUACGGGAUGCCAAGUGACACAGGCAUUGUAUUCUCCUGACGGUUCAUUCAUUGUUUCUGCACACGGCGCACGGCUCAAGGCCAGUGUAGCCAUUGACGCGGCCAGUGCUCAGUCGCACGCGACAAGAGCCGGUGUAUCGCGUACUGAUAGCGGUGGAGGGGGUUGGGGAGCAGGUGAUGAGUUGCAGUGGUUGACAGAGAAGUUUGAGCGGGCUAUGAAAUGUAGCGAGAAUGCGGCAGAGUCCUCGAUCGACACGUGUUUAGGGUUCAACAGGGCGUCGAGUUCUGGACUGAACGAGGCUAAGCCCUUAUUGUCGGAGGCGCCACCUUUCUCUCUUGUGAUGUGGAGGAAAGGUACGCAGCACCAGGGAACGACCCCAAUGAGUUUCACCCACGGGAGUGGUAUCCAUCAUCAGUGUGCCGCAGGUUCACCUUCACGCCGGUGUGAACCACUUCCACUUGUUUCUAUGUACACGAUGAUGGGCCAUCGAUCGCGACCGCUGCAACUUGCAGUCCCUUUCUCACAAACUGCAGACCAGGGCUGUAUUGCCUCAAUCGCUGGCGGUGCUGAUUGUACAAUUCGGUUCUGGAAGUGUUUUUAUUCUAGAAGCGAAAUGGUAAACUGGGGGCAGCGUGUGUGCGCCUCGUUAAGGACUGCGAUCACAGAAGAGGAUGUUGAAGAAAUGACGGCCAUGCCUCUGCGCUAA